AUGGGUUACUCUGUGCUCAAAGUGAUGUUUGGAGCUCCAGUGGUUUCCUCUGUGGUUUGCUCCAUCGUGAAAAAGCCCCAGCAGAGACUGUUCUUCCUUCGGCAGCUAAGGAAGUUCAACUUGCCACAGGAGCUGCUGAUUCAGUUCUACUCAGCCAUCAUUGAGUCUGUCUUAUGCACAUCCAUCACUGUCUGGUUUGGUUCAGCUACCAAAUCAGACAUCAGGAGACUGCAACGGACAGUCCGGACUGCGGAGAGGAUCAUUGGUGCCCCCCUGCCAACCCUCCAGGACCUGUACUCUUCCAGAGUGAGGAAGAGAGCAGAUGACAACUUAGUGAUGGAGGGAGAUUCAGUCACUCUAGACUCUGAUACCGAAAUGAAGGAUGGUGUUCGGAUUUUGUGGUUGUUUGGACCUGAAACCACUUUAAUAACUGGAAUCAAUAAACGGCCCAAAGGCAUCACUGUAUAUGAUGAUGUUCUUGAUGGGAGAUUCAGAGACAGACUGAAGCUGGACGACCAAACUGGAUCUCUGACCAUCACAAACACCACAACUGAACACACUGGAGAUUAUAAACUACAGAUCAACAGUGUGAUCAAGAGGUUCAGCCUCACUGUCUUUACUCGUCUGCCUGUUCCCAUCAUCAGUAACACUUCACACUGUUCUUCAUCGUCAUGUUCAUUGGUGUGUUCAUCAGUGGUGAAUGUGAGUCAUGUGACUCUCUCCUGGUACGCAGGAAUGAGUGUAUUGUCCAGCAUCAGUGCGUCUGAUCUCAGCAUCAGUCUCUCUCUACCUCUGGAGGUGGAAUAUCAGGAUAAAAACCCCUACAGCUGUGUGCUGACCAAUCCCAUCAGCAACCAGACCACACAUCUGGACAUCAACACACUCUGUCACACAUGUGCAGACUCUGUCCACUGUUGUGGUCCUACUGAAGCUGUGAUCCGAUUGGUCCUCUCUGCUCUGGUGGGCGUGGCUACUGUCAUCAUUCUGGUUUAUGACAUCAGAUCCAGAAGAGCUGAACGAGAUCAAGCACAUAUUCACACAUCAGGAAGUAUUGAAAUCUAAAGCAGAACGCUGAACUUUUAAGGUUCUUCAAAUGUGA